CACAAAUUCAAAAUCUGAAAUCUGAAAUCCGUGAAAAGCCACGAAGGACCAUUUCACUGUUUCAUAAACCAAGACAAAACCAAAUCCCAACCACCCCCUUCCUUGUUGAUACCCAACGACCGCUCUGAACAAACCAACCCGGAACAGCUCACGCAUCAGAAUCGAUCAAACCACAGCUUAAAACAACUUUACUCAGUAAUAGUAUUCUUGGUGCUCACAGAUACCCCAUAGUUUUUAGCUUCGCCUCACACCAAACACAAUAUGCCAUUCUUCCGUAGCAACAAACCAUCCACUAGAAAGCAAGUGAAGAUCGUCAAAGCGGUCAAUGGCGGCAGAAAAGGCCAUCAUGAUCGUCGCAAAAUCAACGCAUCUCGGCAACAAAAUCAUUCGUUCCAGCGACCACACCUCGAUGAUUUUUGGGGCGCCAUUGAUGAGCACGAGUUUGCCCAGCAGCACCCCAGCACCGAGCCCGUCCUGAGAAACGAUGGCACUAUUAUGGAGAAAGUUCACAGUUUCCGCAAAAACAGACGGCAAUAUUCUACCGAGACGCACCGAACCCGCCAGUCUUCGACACAACGGGAUACCGGUAUUCAUCAUGUCGGCUCAUCUCCGGAACAAGAAGAUUUUUGGAAAAUGCCAACAGGCGAAGAAAAAGCGGAGAUUGCAGCGGGACCAAUGAUGGCUACUAUUGUCAAAUCAUCAAGAACAACAAAAUACGGGCCGCCUCCUGUCAUUAUUGUCCCAGAAAAGAAAAAGCGUCUAGCAUUCUUGAAGAGAUUCAUUGCCAGAUCAUAGAUUCACAGCGAGCAUUGCUUCUACUUCUCAAGAGAACAAUUUAAAAGCAAAUCUAAGCAGGCUUAUGCAAAAAUAAACAAUAACUACAUGCA